CAUCAUGGCGGCGGGAGCGCGGCUGCCCGGGCCCGCGGCUCCGCAGGGUGGCUGCCGUUGCUGCUGUUGAGGGGCGGCGGCGGCGCAGACGGGCGGGAAGAAUGAUGAUGGUUCUGCGGCCAGAGCGGCGGGUGCAGACCGGGAACGAGGUUGACGUUUGGCCGAAGAGACGUGUGUCCCGAAGCAGCCGGCGCCGGUGUCGCUGAGGCAGCGCGGAGGACGGACUGACUGACUGAAGGCGGCGACCCGAGAGCUGGCCCCGGGGGACCGCGCGGUGGACGAGAUGCCGGGGCCGCCGGCGUCCUCGGGGACGCCGGCACCGCUGCUGCUGCUGCUGCUGCUGCUGCUCCUGACCGUCGGCAGUGGCCGGGCUGCGCCACUUCCGCAAACAGGUGCAGGGGAAGCACUUGUGGCAGAAGUUCCCUCCCUGUUUGUGAUCCUGUCCGUGUGCAGUUUAAUGAUCCUGAUAGUGUUAAUUGCAAACUGUGUUUCCUGCUGUAAGGACCCAGAAAUAGACUUUAAGGAAUUUGAAGAUAAUUUUGAUGAUGAGAUAGAUUUCACACCACCAGCAGAAGACACCCCCUCCGUCCAGUCCCCAGCAGAGGUCUUCACACUCUCAGUGCCAAAUAUUUCCCUUCCAGCGCCAUCCCAGUUCCAGUCUUCUGUGGAAGGUUUGAAGUCUCAAGUUGCCCGACACAGUCUAAACUAUAUACAGGAAAUUGGAAGUGGCUGGUUUGGAAAGGUCCUCCUGGGAGAGACGUACACGGGCACCAGCGUAGCAAGAGUCAUAGUGAAGGAGUUGAAAGCGAGCGCAAGCCCAAAGGAACAAGAUACUUUCCUGAAAAACGGAGAGCCAUACUAUAUUCUUCAGCAUCCGAAUGUUCUUCAGUGUGUCGGGCAGUGUGUGGAAGCAAUUCCCUACCUUCUGGUGUUUGAGUUCUGCGAUCUGGGCGACCUGAAGGCUUACCUGCGCAAUGAGCAAGAGCAUGUGCGGGGCGAAUCACAGACCAUGCUGCUGCAGAGGAUGGCGUGUGAGAUUGCUGCAGGGUUGGCAGCCAUGCACAAACUGCACUUCCUGCACAGCGAUCUGGCCCUACGGAAUUGUUUUCUCACCUCCGACUUAAAUGUCAAAGUGGGCGACUAUGGAAUAGGAUUUAGCAGAUACAAGGAGGAUUACAUUGAGACAGAUGACAAAAAGAUUUUCCCCCUGAGAUGGACUGCUCCAGAAUUAGUGACCAGCUUUCAAGACAGACUCCUGACUGCAGAUCCAACUAAAUACAGUAAUAUCUGGUCAUUGGGUGUGACACUUUGGGAACUCUUCAGUAAUGCUGCUCAGCCUUAUGCAGACCUUUCCGACCUGGACGUUCUCAAUCAAGUCAUUAGAGAGAGGGACACGAAGCUCCCGAAGCCCCAGCUGGAGCAGCCGUAUUCUGAUAGAUGGUAUGAAGUGUUACAGUUCUGCUGGCUGUCUCCUGACAAGAGACCAGCUGCAGAAGAUGUGCACCGACUGCUCACUUACCUGCGGAUGCAGAGCCAGCGGGACUCAGAGGUCGACUUUGAACAGCAGUGGACUGCUCUCAAGCCAAACACCAACGGCAGGGACACUUCGAGUAGUGCCGCCUUCCCCAUCCUUGACCACUUUGCCCGGGACAGGCUAGGUCGGGAGAUGGAGGAGGUCCUCACAGUGACGGAGACCAGCCAGGGGCUGAGCUUCGAGUACGUGUGGGAGGCUGCCAAGCAUGACCAUUUUGAUGAGCGAGGUCGGGGUCACCCAGAUGAAGCCUUGUCUUACUCGAGCAUGUUCUUCCCCGUUGAAGUGUUUGAGAGUUCACUUUCAGAUCCUGGCCCUGGCAAACAAGAUGACAGUGGCCAGGAGGUGCCCCUGAGGGCCCCUGGGGUGGUUCCCGUGUUUGACGCCCACAACCUCUCUGUUGGAAGUGACUAUUACAUUCAGUUGGAAGAGAAGAGCAGCAGCAAUUUAGGGCUGGAUUAUCCACCUGCACUGCUCACAACUGAAGUGGAUAAUCCAGAAAGGGUUGGAGCUGAGGCACCCCAGCUUACAACCCUCAAGAACCUCGUGUCUGAGGAGCCCAGUACAGAUGACGAUUUCUUCCAGAGCAGUGCUCACCCCAAAGAACCCAGCUCUGCUGAGGACUCACAUGCUGCCGGCAUUCCUGGGAGCCCUUUUAACAUUUUCAGUGACCUUGACAAAGCGGAUGACCCGCCCAGUCACCAAAAAAUAUUUGAUCUAAUGGAGCUAAAUGGAGUUCAAGCUGACUUUGAGCCAGUCACCUUGAUUUCAAGCCUGGACGACCCCAAAGACACCUGCCACUCAGACAAGGAAAAGCCCCGUAAGCUCUCCGACCAGGAUCCUCUGUGCUUAUCAGAAAGCCUUUUGCACCAAGAUCACUUUGAUCCACUGAGUGUUCAAGAAUUGUCAGAAAACUUUUUAUUUCUUCAGGAGAAAAACCUUCUGAAAGGCUCACUGCCAACCAAGGAGCCAGUGAACGAUCUGCAAACAGAACUUAAGAACGCAGGUUUUACGUCCGAGCUGUUAGACCCACCCCGGAGAGAGUCUCUAAGUUCUGAAGUUGAGUUUCCUGAGAACACACUAGGCUUUCCUGGGUCACAGGAAAACAGGAGUGGGGAGAGUGAAGGUACAAGUGUCGUGCUUCAGGGCCGUAUGUCACCACAGGCCUCCCCAGAAGUGCAGGGACCUCUGGCCUCACUCACAGAAGAAGCAUCUCCUAAUGGCCCCUUAGAUUCAAUUCUGAGGCCAGGAGAAACCAAAUCCUUUGUAGAUGUCAGAGUCUCUGAGGACUCCAUCUGCCUGGACCUAAGCCCCAACCCUUUGACUGCCCCGGAUGAAGUUCCUUCUACCAAUGCCAAAACUCAUGACGAGGACGAUGGGCCCCCAGACAUCACCUGCCAAAGCAAGGAGGCCUUGAGUCUAACCAAAGGAGACUCCACCCUUGUGAACGAUGGUCUUGCUGGUCAGGGUAGCAGGAGUAGUCUUCCAGAAUCCAGACAGGAUUUACAAAAUCAGCCAUUUUCAGAAGACCUUCUUAGUGGCAGCUUACUGGAGAAAAGCUCAGAAGUUGUGGAGACUGUAAGUCAGCUUAAUUACAAGGCUGCCCCCAAAGAUGCAGCCUUGGCGUCUGCCCUCUCCUCAGACUCCACCAGCCAAGAUAGCCUCUUAGAAGACAGUUUGUCAACACCUAUCCCCACCUCAGAGCAGUCUGUGGAGACGCCAGACUCCCUGGAUUCAGUAGACGUCCAUGAAGCAUUGCUAGAGUCACUGAGCUCCCACACCCCUCAGAAACUCUUGCCCCCUGAUAAGCCCGCGGACAGUGGCUAUGAAACAGAGAACCUGGAGUCUCCCGAGUGGACACUGCACCCUGCACCUGAGGGGGCUGCUGAUUCAGACCCGGCUGCAGCAGGUGACAGUGGCCAGAACAGUUUGCCUCCCAACCCAGUCAUUGUCAUCUCAGAUGCAGGCGAUGGCCACAGGGGUGCUGAAGGUCCCCCUCAGAGCUUCACACUUGGCACCCAGAGUUCAUACCGAGACUCUGCGUACUUCUCAGACAAUGAUUCAGAGCCAGAUAAAAAGCCUGAGGAGGUCCCAGUAGCAUCUGCCUCUGCCCUGGUCUUGGUAAAAGACCAGUCCCCACCUGAGCCUGUUGUCCCAGAAGAAAGCUCUGACGUGGGAGACAGCUGUCUCGAAGCCCCACAGAGCAAGCCAGAUCAAAAUCAGGUAUCUGCUUUGCAGAAUUCUUGUCACUCAGAACUGCAAGAAACGUUGCAGCCCAUACCAGCUGAUGCUUCCAGGGAGACAUUUCCUGUGGAUGAUGAGGCCAGUAGCCCCUUGAGUUUGUUGAAUUCAGAACUUAGCAGCUGUGAUGACCUGGAGACACAGGAAGAUCGCCCAUGCACCAUGGCCUCUACUGGUACCAACACCAAUGAACUCCUUGCAUACACAAGUUCCACACUGGAUAAAUCCAUGUCCAGCCACUUUGAGGGCCCCAAGCUGAAGGAGCCAGACAUCGAAGGGAAAUACCUGGGCAAAUUCUGCGUGUCUGGGAUGCUGGACCUCUCGGAGGACGGGAUGGAUGCUGAUGAGGAAGAUGAGAACAGCGAUGACUCAGACGAGGACCUGAGGGCCUUCAACUUGCACAGCCUUAGCUCCGAGUCAGAAGACGACACAGAGCACCCCGUGCCCAUUGUCAUCAGUAAUGAUGACGGCAGGCACUUGAGGAGUUUGUUGAAGCCCUCAGCUGCUGAGGCCCUUGAGCCGCUGCCAGAUGACUGGAAGAAGGAAAAGAAGGCAGUGACUUUUUUUGAUGAUGUCACCGUUUACUUGUUUGACCAGGAAACUCCCACUAAAGAGCUGGGGCACUGUGGCGGAGAAGCUCAUGGUCCGGGGCCCAGCAGCCCAGCAGCAUCCGCAGGCUCACCCUGCCUGGGCAGGUGCAUGAACUCGGAGAGCUCCACGGAUGAAGAAGGCGGAGGCUUUGAAUGGGAUGAUGACUUCUCCCCAGAUCCUUUCAUGUCAAAAACAACAAGCCUUCUGGGUUCCAAGCCUUCUCUUCAAACCUCCAAAUACUUUUCUCCGCCCCCACCGGCCAGGAGUGCGGAGCAGAGCUGGCCACACGUGUCCCCCUGCUCCAGGUUCUCCAUCUCUCCUGCCAACAUUGCCAGCUUCUCACUCACACACCUCACGGACUCAGACAUUGAACAAGGAGGAAGCAGUGAAGAUGGAGAGAAGGAUUAGGUGGCUGUGGACACACUCUCCGGCCCAAGCAGCGUUCCUGCAUGUUUGCCUGAGUGAUGACGUCGACUCCUUGGUGGCCGCCACCAGACAGAGAAAGGCUCGGGAGUGACGGGGAGCCAGGCCACCACGCAGGAAGCCCGCUCCCUCUGCAGCCCUCGCCUGCGCUGCUCCCGCUCUAGAAGUGCGCCGGGGCAUCCUGCUGAGGCGGCCACACUGCCACGGCUCUGGCGCAUGAGUGUUGGGGGGCCUGUGCACCCCAGGGCAUGGGUCUGUUUUCUGUGGGGUGUCGUCCCCACUACACCUGUGCCUCUAGUUUGGGCACAGAUGCCACACAGGGGUAGACCAGGGGAAGGUCACAGUGAGCCAUAUUGACUGUUUCUGAGGAAAUCACUAAUUGCUCUCUGACUGCACUGUGGGUGAGCGUUUGAGCUCCCAAUGUUGUACAGCAUCGUAAAUUAUACAAGGAAAACAUGGCAGGCCAAGAUGGUGCUGUCCACUGGUUUGGGUUUUUUUUUUUUUUUUUUUUUCUGUCUUCUCAUGUGUUUGCCCUGCAUGGUACUGUAAGCUUCGAUAUUUUGAGUGUUCUAUCUUCAGACCUGUGGGAACUGUACACAGGUACUCUUUCCCAGGCCAUGCUGACUCUGGGUGUUUGUGUUCUGUGUUCCUAGAGGAAAUAUUUUUGAUGAGUUCAAAACGGCUACUUCAUUUCAUUGAUUGCAUCAAGCAUGUUUCUGAAUGAGGUGGAUUCUCUCUGAAGCAGUCUGUCCUGCCUCUUAUGCUUUUAAAUCCUUUUGGUAGAAAUCCAGUAAGAGAUGCACCCAGAACUCAGUGCCAUUUUUUGGGGUGGCAGGUGAGACCUGCACCACGUCCUUUCCACAGAGGCCAGCCUGUAAGAGAUCUCAUAUGUCUUGCAGGCAGGCAGAGACCUCUGAGGCCCUGAGUUCCCAUGAAGAACUGUGGGUGCAAAGAGCGAUUUGUCCACUGUGGGUGCUGCUGAGAGAGCUGUUCGAAAACGUUUGGGGUUGGGGCUUCCCACUCCAGGCCACAGCACCCAGGAGACAGGCAGCACCCUGUACCUGCGAGGAGGAGGACAGGGACCCCAGCAGGGCCUCCAGCAGCCCUCACAGCCUCGUGGCUGGCCUGGGAAACCCACGCAUGCCUCCCCUUCUGUAUCAAGCACCCAGCUUUCCUCUUGUCCUGAAAGGGAUCUCGAGUCUUCAGCAUAGUCUCAGUACGUCAUCGAAGGAAUCUGGUGUCCCCCACACAAGGCUGGCCUUGCUCUGCUGCCCAGGAGUCCUGCUUUGACGUAAGGAAGUGUCGGUGGCUAGUGCCAUGGCAAUGCCAUGUAGAGUGGGGACUGCACCUGUUGGGGUGGCCCUUCCUACAUGGGCUGAUCACCCCAAAUCUUCACGGUGCUGAUCCACUACCCAGACUCGAGUGUGACAUUGGGGUGAGUCUCCAGGCCCUGGCUGGAACAUCGUGAUGUCAAUCAGAGGGACUUGGGCCCUCCUACAGAGUGCAAGUGUGGAUGUCGGCUUGAGUUUACGUAGCAAAUUAUGAUCUUUAUUAUCAACUCUGAUUCGAUCCAUGAAUUUUUUAUACUAAGCAAUAACUUUACAAUCAACAGAAGACAAUUGAGAACAGAUAGUCUCCUUUUCCCGUACUUGGGGCACACUAGCAUGCCUGGCUCCAUAGAAAGCACUGGAUCUUGUGACAUGUAUAUUACAAACGGCAUUUGAAAGUAACUUUGCCAAAAUUGUCAUAACUGAAUUUUUUGCUGUGUGGACUUUCUGAUUUUUUUUUUAACCUCUAUCUACCAGUCUUAGUUGAGAAAGAGAGAAGCAAUUAUAUUAAGAUUUUUUUCAAAUUAUAGGUUUAAGAAGUUCAGAUUCACUGAUUACAAUCACGUGAAUCCAUAGACUCUAUAUAUAGCCUUCUUCUGCAGUCAGCCUGGGAUAGACUAUUGACGUCUGAGGGCUGGUCAUCUUUCACCAUGUUGAAGGGAUUUUAACAAUACAAUUCCCAUUUAUAUUUAUAUCUAUAUCGCUUUCAUGGUUAAUUGCCAAAACAAAAGCAUUUUAUAGAUUGAGUUGGGGGUGGGGGUGGGGUGGGUCUUUCUGUGGUGUCGCAUGGAAGGGAAGACUUUGUAUAACACUUGUCAACACAUCCUCCCAAAGUCUUAAGCAAUAUACAGCAAUCUCAGUAGAUUAAAUUCCCAGUUUUGAAAUGUGAGCAUGUGCUUUGCCAUCCUAUAUGGGUUUUGUCUUGUUUUGUUUUUUAUUUUUGUUUUUGGCUUUCUCAAGACAGGAUUUCCUUGUGUAGCCCUGGCUGUCCUAGAACUUGCUUUGUAGACCAGGCUAGCCUCGAACUCACAGAGAUCCUCCUGCCUCUACGUCCCAAGUGCUGCUACCACACCCAGAUGGUUGUGUUGUUUUUAAUAAUAAUGUGGUUGCUGUUGGUGGCCUUUCCAAACUUGUUCAUUCAAAUAAGCGAAUGUUAAAUCAGUGGUCCCUGUAGCUGGCAUGGGCUGGGCUCAGUGAUUCUUUUCCUGCCCUCCCUUGAGUGCCCCCCAUCUUCCACCUGCCAGACUGGAAACUGACUUUUAAGUCCUCUAAUAAAAAUAAUGAGCCCUCAA